UGGAAAUCGAGUCUUUGAGACUCGAUUUGUAGGCCAAAAUCGAGUCUCAUAGACUUAAAAUGCUAAUAAAUAAUAUAGUUUGAAAACUAGAACUACUAACUAUAUAGUUAAAAAAUUAUGCUUGCUUACCCAUUUUGGCCAAAAAACCUACUCCGAACUUGAUCCGCUAUCAUUUCUAACCAAGCUUGUGUAUAAUUUACACGUUUUCAGUUAAAAAAAAAAAAAAGAUUUUUAGUUUUUCUCCUUCAAUAAUUGUCCUCCCUUUCUAUCUUUUUCUCUCUCAAAAAAGAUAAUUGUCCUCGCUGGCUACUUAUAGUACCUAGUAUCCAACGAUCAAAUUUACUUGCCCCCCUAUUUAUUAGUUCCUUUAGACACUUACCCACGCUAAAAAGCCCCCCACACACACUUAUCAAACAUGGAGACCUGGUUCAUCAUCGUUGUCUCUCUCUGCAUCUCAGCCCUUCUCAAAUCUCUCCUCAACCUCACCACCAACAACAAAGUCUCUGAAAACAAUAAGCUCCCUCCUGGACCCUACAUCAUUCCCAUCAUUGGCAACUUCCUAUGGCUCCGCAAACCCUUCUCUGAACUCGAACACAUCAUCCGCAAACUCCAUGCCAAGUACGGACCCAUCAUCACCAUUUACAUAGGCUUUCGCCCGGCUAUCUUCGUUGCCGACCGCUCUUUCGCUCACAAGGCUCUCGUCCAAAACGGUGCCGUUUUUGCUGACCGCCCAACUCCUCUACCAACAAACGCGGUCAUAUCUAGCAACCAACACAAUAUCAGCUCUGCUUAUUACGGUCCCAAAUGGCGACUCUUUCGUCGCAAUCUCAGUUCGGAGAUUCUCCACCCUUCACGCGUGAAAUCCUACUCCCACGCGCGCAAGUGGGUUUUGGAUAUCCUCCUCAGCCGCCUUGAUUCUCAGUCUAAAUCCGGUAAACAGAUUGUUGUUAAAGAAGAUUUCCAAUACUCCAUGUUUUGUUUGUUGGUGCUUAUGUGUUUCGGAGACAAACUCGGAGAAACCCAGAUUAAGAAAAUCGAAGAGGUUCAGCGUCGCUUGCUUUUGAGCUUUGGUCGGUUUAGAAUACUCAAUUUUUGGCCCAGUAUUGGAAGGAUUGUAUUUCGUAAGCGUUGGGAAGAGUUGUUUCAAAUUCGGAGAAACCAGGAUGCUGUGUUAAGGCCUUUGAUAGAAGCGAGGAGGAAAGUGAGUCUAGAAAGACAGAGCAAAGUGAAAGAAGACAAAAAUAAUGAUGGUGAUGAUGAGUUUGUUGUGUCGUAUGUGGAUACGUUGUUGGACUUGGAGUUGCCAGAGGAAAAGAGGAAGCUCUCUGAGGAUGAAAUGGUUAGUUUGUGCUCGGAGUUUCUCAACGCGGGUACAGAUACUACGUCCACAGCAUUGGAGUGGAUUAUGGCGAAUUUGGUGAAAUACCCACAAAUCCAAGAGAAGCUUUUUGUGGAGAUUAAAGGGGUUGUUGGUGAUGGAAAAAAGGAAGUGAAAGAAGAGGAUUUGAACAAGAUGCCUUAUUUGAAAGCAGUGGUUUUGGAGGGUUUAAGGAGACACCCACCAGCCCAUUUCGUGGUGCCACAUGCAGUGACUGAGGAUGUGGUUUUGGAUGGGUAUUUGGUACCAAAGAAUGCUACUUUGAAUUUCAUGGUGGCAGAAAUGGGGUGGGACUCGAGGGUUUGGGAAGAUCCUAUGGAGUUUAAGCCUGAGAGAUUCUUGAGUGGUGAUGAUGGAGGAGAAGCGUUUGAUAUAACUGGAAGCAGAGAGAUUAAGAUGAUGCCAUUUGGUGCGGGGAGGAGGAUCUGUCCUGCUUCUGGUUUGGCAAUACUUCAUUUGGAGUAUUUUGUGGCCAAUUUGGUUUGGAAUUUUGAGUGGAAAGCUGUUGAUGGUGAUGAGGUUGAUCUGUCAGAGAAGCAUGAGUUCACCAUGGUGAUGAAGAAUCCUCUCAAGGCCCACUUAUCUCCAAGGUUUUGAAUGGUUAGGUCUACGAGACCAUGACUAUGAUAAUAAAGUCUACAGCUGUAUUUAAUAAAUUUUCACUAUAAAUGUUUCUUUGGCA